AUGUCUUCAGUGUUGAUCAACCAUUACUACCCUUUCCAUGACGAAGGCGAAUGGGAAUUAGGGAAGUUCUUAGUUGAAAACCUCACUCAAAUGCAAAUUACUAAGUUUUUGAAGCUGAGAUGGUUUGACAAUCACGCAAGAUCAUCUUUCACCACAAAAGAUAGACUCUUGGACUGGAUGGACUCGCUUCCUUGUUUUACAAAGUGGAAAGUCUCCAAAAUGGAGUUUUCAGGUUACAAGACAGUCCAUCCCAUCGAACUCAUUUGGCGCGAUGCAUUGGAGGUAGUCAAACAACUAUUUAGUGAUCCCAUCUUUGCGAACCAUAUGACCUUCAUCCCGCACCGUGUCGAUGCCCGAGAUCAAUGUGAAUAUGGAGAUUACAUGAGCGCUGAUAUGGCCUGGAAAAUCCAGGUUCGUUCAUCAUAUUCAUGUGUUCCUCACCGAGUCACAGAAAGACUUGCAAUUUUCUGGGACCACCUCCCUGUUGGCGCAACCCAAGUUCCAAUCAUCCUGGGAUCCAAUAAAACUGCUGUCACGCGACUUACUGGGGGACUCAAGAUGCACCUGAUUUUCCUCACCAUCGGUAAUAUUGAUUUGGAGGUUCGCUCCAAAGCGACAUUACGAGCUUGGUGCUGCGUUGCCUACAUGCCGAUCACAAAGUUCCGUGUGCAUCCGGAUUAUCAGAGUAUUCUCCAAGCAUGGCUAUGGCAUAAAUGUAUGGACCUCAUUUUUGCUAACCUCAAGGCUGUGGCAGCAGAGGGAUGUUUCAUGCCCGACCCUUUUAGAUAUAUUCAUUAUGUUUUCAUGCCACUCAUUGCUCAUGCACUUUCGGAUUUUCAUUCUUUCAAGGAUGCUAUCAUUGCAGUGGAAGCAAGGAAGGGGAAGAAUGGCGUCAAAGAAGAUUUCUUAUCCCAAAACUUGACACACUGUAAGGAACUUUUCCCCCGGACGGCUCGGCAAAGCAAGGACUUUACCGAGCAAGCGCCACUGGUCAAUGCCAUACAUGCUGAAGAUGAAGAGGUCGAAAUCACUAAUCCUGCCCUCUCCUGGGUUUCCCGCAUACUUAUAUGGUCAAAACUGAAAUAG